CUGGCCAUCCCCCAUUUCGAUUUCGAGAUUACGCAGUACGCUCGCAGGUACAGGCAGCUUAUCAAAGUCUACCUCGCAGCCCGCAUGUAGAACCCUGUCUCCACCAGUAUCUUUGUUAGUUGGCCCGAAACAGCGCAUUUGCACUGUCUGGCGACCGUCAAUACAGCUGAGUUUCAGUCGAGGUACGGGCAUACAGCCGAGACAUCCAUCAAUACCGUACCUCUUACACUACCACCUCUGGCUACCGGGCACCUCUACUAUGUACACUCGCUGUGUCGACACCUGUCAGAGCUAACAGCUUCACCUGUACAUGACCGUCUCAUCUCUGGAUUCGAAUCACGCCCGCUCCCUCUCCACUCCUGUCCCGGCUGGACUUCAGUUUGGGACUGGAAAUCCCCCAGCUUCGCUUCAAACUCUCUCCCAUCGUCGCAACAACCUCACGAAAACAGGGGCUUUCCACCCAGAACCACGCAACCUCGAGCUGAUCGAUAGCAAUCCAUUGCGUCGGAUCGCGCUAGAGCGGGCGUACGUAUUGCAAAUACGGUUUGCGGAGCUCCUUUCCUGGGAUCCGAUCGUUCAGACGAAAGGCUCCAUCCCCUCGACCCGCGACGACCCGCACACCCCGAACAAGAUCCUGGGCCCUCGCCUCGUGCAAUUCCCACCAGCACCCACCAGCACCAGCCCAGCACCAGCUCACGGGCAGCAUAGGCUGGCUUGGUGCCAAACUGGGUCUCCAUCAUCGCCGGGCCCCCUACCUCCUCGACUUUCCAGGCGCACUCCCGUCUUGGUGGGUGGCCUGCUUUUCCACCAGUUUCCCCAUUCAUUUUCUUCUUCAUCAUACAUAGCAUCAUUUUCACGUCGCUCAUUUCUCGAGGAAAAAUACUCGUCCAUUCAUUUACAAUUUUCCUUUUACUCAGCUUGGUUGACCAUAACCGAUUCGCUCCUUCAAGGUUCCAUACCACUAUCCUAAACACCGGCGAGGAAAAGAGAAAAAAAAAGGAAGAGUCAGCACUGUCGACUUGCAUCUAUCAGCAGCAGCAGCAACAUCAAUCGCUCGACGCUACAUACACAUUCGCCCGAUUAAAACGUUGGUACAGCGCAGAACUACACUCAUACAGACACGAAAGCGAUUUCGAUCUUACAACAACAGAACAAUUUGGGU